GGGCCUGUCUUUCUCGACUGGGACCGAAGAACGCUGUCGCUUGUCCUAUGACGCGAAAGUAACCAAGACUGUCGGGAUCGGGAGGCUGAAAGAACUGAAGGCCGCAGUACUUGACCCUUUAUUUUGGGAGUUGAACGGAGAAUGGAAACUGAAAGUGGAAAUCAAGAAAAGAUAAUGGAAGAAGAAAGCACUGAAAAGAAAAAAGAAGUUGAAAAAAAGAAACGAUCACGAGUUAAACAGGUGCUUGCAGAUAUUGCUAAGCAAGUGGACUUCUGGUUUGGGGAUGCAAAUCUUCACAAGGAUAGAUUUCUUCGAGAACAGAUAGAAAAAUCUAGAGAUGGAUAUGUUGAUAUAUCACUACUUGUGUCUUUUAACAAAAUGAAAAAAUUGACUACUGAUGGGAAGUUAAUUGCCAGAGCAUUGAGAAGUUCAGCUGUUGUAGAGCUUGAUUUGGAAGGCACCAGAAUCAGGAGAAAAAAACCUCUGGGGGAAAGACCAAAGGAUGAGGAUGAGCGCACUGUGUAUGUGGAGUUACUUCCUAAAAAUGUUAAUCACAGUUGGAUUGAAAGAGUCUUUGGGAAAUGUGGCAAUGUGGUUUAUAUAAGUAUACCACAUUAUAAAUCUACUGGAGAUCCGAAAGGAUUUGCAUUUGUAGAAUUUGAAACAAAAGAACAAGCAGCAAAAGCAAUUGAGUUUCUUAACAACCCACCAGAAGAAGCACCAAGAAAACCUGGCAUAUUUCCUAAAACAGUGAAAAAUAAACCCAUUCCAUCCUUAAGAGCUGUGGAAGAGAAGAAAAAGAAAAAGAAGAAGAAAGGCCGAAUGAAGAAGGAAGACAAUGUCCAACCCAAAGAGGAAAACAUGGACACAAGCAACACUAGCCUAAGUAAAAUGAAAAGAUCCAGACCCACAUCUGAGGGCUCUGAUCUAGAGUCUCCUGAACCCCAAAAGCAGCCUUCAAAGAAAAAGAAAAAACGGGAUAAAGUUGAAGUAUCCAGCUUACCUGAAGUCAGAUCAGGGAAGAGGAAGAGAAGUAGCUCUGAAGAUGCAGAAUCCCUAGCUCCCCGAUUGAAAGUAAAGAAAAUUAUUCAGAAAGACAUGGUUAAGGAAGCUUCAGAACUUUCCAAAGAAAAUAGAGAUAUAGAAAUCUCUACUGAAGAGGAAAAGGAUGCUGGAGAUCUAAAAGAUAGCUCUCUCUUAAAAACAAAAAGAAAACACAAGAAAAAACAUAAAGAGAGACAUAAAAUGGGAGAAGAAGUUAUACCAUUAAGAGUACUAUCAAAGAGCGAAUGGAUGGAUUUGAAAAAAGAGUAUUUAGCACUACAAAAAGCUAGCAUGGCUUCUUUAAAAAAAACAAUAUCCCAAAUAAAAUCGGAGUCAGAAAUGGAAACAGACAGUGGAGUACCUCAAAAGACUGAAAUAAAAAAUGAAAAAAGUAAAGCCAGCAGUGAAGAGUGUCGCACCCAGGAGAAAGUUAAUGCAUCAGGACCACAGUUCGUGAGUGGAGUGAUUGUGAAGAUCAUUAGCACAGAGCCCCUACCUGGCAGGAAACAAGUCCGGGAUACUUUGGCAGCAAUCUCAGAAGUUCUUUAUGUUGAUUUGCUAGAAGGAGAUACAGAAUGCCAUGCUAGAUUUAAAACUCCUGAGGAUGCUCAAGCAGUAAUAAAUGCAUAUACAGAAAUUAACAAGAAACACUGCUGGAAACUUGAGAUCCUUUCUGGUGAUCACGAACAAAGAUAUUGGCAGAAGAUUUUGGUUGAUAGACAGGCAAAACUUAAUCAGCCUCGGGAAAAGAAAAGAGGCACUGAAAAGAAAGAGCUCAUCUUUGACCAGGAAGUUUCUUAAAAUUGAGGUGGAACACACAACUCAGUUAUAAUAUCAGGAUUGUCGUUAGCACAAUUUGUUAAGUAGCUGUGGAAGUAGCAAGUUGACUCUUGUCAUGAAAUGAAACGGAGGUACCUCACAAAGUAAGUGCUGUGCAAAGUUGUUGGAAAAAAGGAGUAGACCAUACUUAGUUUAGCCUACUUGUUUGCUACUUAAUUCAGCUACUGUUUUUUAAGUACCUUGUGUUAGGCACCAUUCUUGAAACCUGGGGUAAAGCUGUGAAUCACAAAGUCCCCUGCUUUCAUGAAGCUAACAGAUAAACAGUAUAGUUUAGGUGAUGACCAGUACUAAACAGAAAAAUAAAGUGUAUUGCAGGAGAGCAUUUUAUCAGCUGAGGUUAUCCGGAAAGCCCUCUGCAAAGGUGAUGUUACAGCCAAGACCAUAGGGAAGUGAGCGAGAAAGGCCCAGUAAAGUUUACAAGUACAGCUUUUCAGGCAGAAGCAAAGAAAAUGCAGAGACCUUAAGGGAAGACUGUCAGUGACUAGAAGACCAGUGUAGUUGGAGUACUAGGGGUGUCUUAGUAAUUAAUGGAAAUUGCUUAGAAAAAAACUAGUAGAACAUCAAUGAAUCUGCCAAAAAGGUGACAUAAAUACCUUAUUGACAUGACAAUGUUUCUACAAUAGUAUUGUAUUUGGCCCAUCAUUGAGUAAAAGUUAAAAAAUUCUGACUCCUAAUAUUCACAUUGUGGGGCUGGGCACUGUAGCCCAAUGCCUGUAAUCCCAGAACUUUGGGAGGUUGAGAUGGGUGGAUCACGUGAGGUCAGUAGUUGGAGACCAGCCUGGCCAACAUGAUGAAACCCCAUCUCUACUAAUAAUACAAGAAUUAGCCAGGCAUGGUGGCACACACCUUGUAAUCCCAGCUACUCCGGAGGCCAAGGCAGGCAUGUCACUUGAACCUGGGAGGCACAGGUUGCAGUGAGCCGAGAUGGCACCACUGCACUCCAGCCUGGGCGACAGAGCAAGACUCUGUCUCAAAAAAAAAAACUAAACUAAAAUAAUAUAUUAAACACAAGUAAAUUAAAUUAGUGAUGUCUCACAAAAGAUAGAGAUGAAAGAAAGGUCUGCCAAAAGAGAUGUCUCCUACUCAUUUUGCUAGCCCAAAUCUUUGUAGUGUGCCCUAUCAUUUUGAGCACAUUGGUAAAAAUAGGUAACAGCUACUAGAGACAGAAUGAAGCUUUUCUUUUUUCUCUUUGGCUUUUAAAACAUAUUUGAAUUCUUUCCUGUACAAAUUACUGAUACCCAACAGGUAAAGGCAGAAUUUAAAAGAUCUGUGAACAGCAACAUGGGUAUGAUAGAGUUCUUUUUAUUU